CUCCUGUGAGCAUUUGUGAGGCAGCUCCUGUCCCUUAUGUCUCUUUGUGGGGAACAGAGCAGACUUCCCAGAGCAUCACUGGAGACAAGACAGAGCUCUAGGGAGGACAGCCCAGGUGCAGACCUCCAAGCAACCCUGGCCUCUACUGUGGAUGCCAAGAAGAGAACAAGGAGAGGAGACGCACACCAACUCAAGCUGGAGUAAAACAAGCAGAGGUUCAAAACAGGAGGUGGACUUUAACAGCUGGACGAGAAGUCAAUUUUGAGUUAAAUGCGACAUGAUGAUCUGAUAAAAAUCAACAGCGCUGGACCGGAUCACUAAGAAAAAGGUGGAGUCUUAAUUUGAGCUUUUAGUUUUUCUUUAGAAAAGUUUUCUUAAAGAAGAAUCAACAAAGUACUCCAUGUGACUAUAAGGAUCAAAUAACCAUCUGAAAUAUAUACAAACGACGGAUAGAGAAUAAUUUAUCAAUUUCUUUUUUUUAAUCUCUCCGGGACAAUUUUAAACGUAUGGUAUGAAAUUGAGAUACUCUUUAAAGAACAUCUUCAAUGGUCCCGACAGUGCUCUUGAUUCAGCAGCCGGGCGUUUAUCUUAUUUCUCCAGCUCUUUCUGAGAGGGAGCUUUAAAGACUUCAUUGAUAGUGCUCUUGGGGAGCGGUUAAUAAUUCUUAUGUGAAGUCUUGAAACUUUACAGCUGUUGACUGGAGGGAGAGGAAAGUGCUACAUGCAUAAGAAAAUUAUGACGACCUGUUUUCCAUGUGGGGCGAGUGUGUUUCUGGACUAACAUUGCGGUGGAGCAUUGAAGACAGAAGACAUGUUCACCGGGUGUGGAAUGAUCACUGGCCAGAACCAGUACCUGAUCCGAGACGCUGUCAGGCCCCUUCCCGGACUAGAGGUGAGCCGACCGAUCCAAAUUGAGCAUGGGUUACCUUCAGGGAGCUUCCCCGUCUACCAUAACCAGACUUAUAGCAACGUCGUCCAGCCAGCGGCGAUCAACAAUGUUUCCAUCCCGCUGAAACCAGUGCCACUGCCAGUCCCUCCCCCUGCACUCAAACUAGGACAGGAGGGGUUUAAGAAAGUCUGCCGAACUGAGGAGGAUAGCCCCUGCCCGUUCCCAGGGCUGGCCUCUGGGGUGCUGGAGAUGCGCGUGAAGGAGGGAAGUAAGAUCCGCAACUUAAUGGGAUUUGCCAUGGCACGAAUGCAGGGAGAGAAGGGCAUAAGUGGGGGAGGUGUGAGCGGUGGGGGGCUCAGGCAGGUGGUCUUCACUGGGUCAGGCCGCGCCGUCACAAAGACCAUCACUUGUGCUGAAAUCAUGAAACGAAAAGUGGGCUCUCUGCACCAGCUGACCAAACUGCAAUACAAGGUGGUGAAAGAGGUGUGGGAGAGCAGCGAGGGGGGGGCAUCGGAGAUGACCGUGCACAGGACCGUGCCCUCCAUCAGCAUCCUUCUUUCCAAAGACCCGCUGGAUCCCCAGGAGCCGGGGUAUCAGCCUCCAGAGGCUCUCAGUGCAUUGUGGGAGGAGAGAGAGGGUGUUGAAUCUGCCCCGCAGACACCAUGCAAGAGAACUCUUGGACCUUUGCCAUACAGCAGUUUCCCUCACUGUAAGAGAGUGUGUUUGGGGGAAGGAGUCUCAGUCCACGCUCCUCACUGACUGGCUGAACCGGUGUCAAACAGUGGAGAGGAGGAUUGUAUCAGAGGAGUUCAUUUGGCGCUGCCCUCCAUUCAAGCACAAUGCUGAGACAAUCAGAACACUCACUCAGACAGAACAGUGCUUUCUCAGAAGAACUGAGUACCACCUCCAGCCUCCAGAGGUCAGUUUGACUGGGACUCGAAAGCUUGCCUCUGUACACACAGCAUUUAAGGGAUGUGUUUCCAAGCACGUCCAACAUGGGCUCUCACAUCCACAUAAUAGUGAUGUGUGCUACCGUGUUAUCAAAUCUCUCACAGAUUGACCCAUUCCCAUUUCACACCAACAAAAGAAGAAGCCAUGAAUCGCACAGGUUCCAGAUUCCUGCUUGCAGUAAACUAAACGUUUUUGUUAGCUCCAUGUUGCAAUCAUUCUUAUUCCUACAUGCUUAAGUGUAGCUUUUAAAAAUACACAAGAUAUAUAUA